AUGGGUGACCUUUCUGUCGUUGUAGCAGCGCUAUCAUGUCCGUGGUGGGGCAUAUCACCCAGCAAUCUUGUCAACGGGUUUCUUGCAGCCAAGAGGGUUGUUGAGGCUCUCAAAGACGAGAACGGGUCAGAGCACAAGGCUGCGGCCGCACUAACAAGUCUCGAGCACGAGUUGGCAGCUGUUGAAGACCUUGAAGCGUUCCUGAACACUGUACAAGACGAGGCAGGACCGUCGAUGGUCCAGUAUCAGGUACUGCCUACGAGUGGUGACAUUUACAAUGAGAAAGCCAAAAGAGCAUACCGAAAACUUCAAUGGGCGUUCAGUGGCGAGAAAGAUUUCAGAGAGUCAAAUGCUCGCAUUACGGCCGCUUCAGACGGCAUUCAUCUCGACGCCAUAGUGAUCUCGGGAAGACGUACCCAGGCGGAGGUUGCGAAGUUGGAGCCUCUGAUCUCCUCAAGGGUAGACUCCGUCAGCGAGCAAGUCCAAGCCAGUCAGGCAGAAUCCACCCUCGGUACCCAACAGAUCCUUGAGAGCAUCUCCCGAUCACAUACCGACCUCUCGAAGCUGAUUCUGCAAAUGCAAACUGCUUUUGAGAAAGGGGCUCGCAGGCAGCGUAGAGAAGGUUGCGAGGCAGAGACGACACCACUGACCAUUGUCAAGCCCCGGUCACCGCGCCUGGAUACCUUGAGUGAAGUCCAUCCGUCCUUCCCUUCAUUCCAGAGACCCCGCCGGCCGCUUUGCCAACAGAUUUGGGUGUUACCUGAACAAGCCGUCACGCCGAUGUUGAUUGCUGCCCUGUGUUGUCUCACAACACGACAGCGGAUUGAAGAUACGCUCCGAGGCUUCAUCGACCUUGCGAGACCCAAUCCAGCAUCUGCAAUCCUGAUCCUAUGCGCCAUGGUGACGUUCUCACACAUGGCCGUCCGACUAUGUCCCCAGCUAUCCUUACUCGGUGCUGAUAGGGUCAGAUUCGAUGAUGCAUUUGGAUCGUCGAUAAUGCUACCCUUCUCGACAUGCGAAUAUCCAGCUGCUUUCUCGGAGUACCUGGUGCAAGGUUCCAAGGGAUAUACAUGGACGGCGCUUAUCAUUGCUGACACCUAUUACCUCAAUCAUGACUGA